AUGAAAAAGAUAUACAUUGGCAAAACCGCCCCCAAAUCGCAGAGAAAUGGUAAACAUCAAAAACGAAGUUCUUACCACGACCAGAAGGAGGACCUGCGUAAGCGCCUGUCGUACACGGCACACAAACUAGAGAUGGUGGAGACGGAGUUUGAUUCCACGCGGCAAUACCUGGAGACGGAGCUGAGGAGAGCUCAGGAGGAGCUGGAGAAGUUCACUGAUAAACUGCGCAGGAUCCAGAGCAGCUAUGCAGCACUGCAGAGGAUCAACCAGGACCUGGAGGACAAGAUGCACCGCACAUCCCAGCUCCACGAUGAGGAGAAGAGAGCGCUCAGCCGAGAGAUCAUCGUCCUCAACAACCACCUGAUGGAGGCCAAGAUCACCAUCAACAAACUGCGGGAGGACAACGACCUGUACAGGAAGGACUGUAACCUGGCAGCCCAGCUGCUGCAGUGCUCAAAGUCCCACUACAGAGCGCACAAGAUGUCUGAGCUGCCUCUGGACUUCCAGGAGCGCCUCAGUUCUCACAUAGAGAAACAUGGCAGCAGUGGAGCCAUGGUGUGUCACAGUUACUCAGACGCAGUGCCCACAUCCCUGAUCGCACAGAUCCUGGAGAAGCCCGAGCCGGGCAGCAGCUGUCCCGUGAGCCGCUCGUCCAGCCCGCACAGAGAUGGAGACUUCCUGAGUGGAACAGGAAGUACUGACCAGCUCAGCCGCCGUGUGGCCUACAAAAGCUCUGACCUGUACUGCAGUGACACUGCCCUCUACUGUCCAGAGCGCUGGCAGGACACGGAGCGCAGGCAGAGCGUAGACCUCCACGGGCCAGCCAUCCUUCAGCUCCACACCCACAACUCCACCGACAGUAACCCAGAGGAGGCCUACCAUUCUGGGAGCUUUUCCCCCCAUGAGCCACCCUCCUCCUUCCAUCACCACGAUGAGUUUGCCCCGGGCAGUCUUCCCAUGUCGAGCUCCUAUUCCAGCUUCAGCCUGGCCUCUGAUGACAAAGGUGUGGGUGGAGGAGGAGGGUGCCGCGUUACUAACAGCACGUUGUCCUCCUCUCACCAGGGCCUGUACAUGGACUGGAGAGAUGGUGCGGACUACAAGAGUUUGACUCCUUAUGAAAAAGACGGCACAAACUUCCCCAAAUCCCUCAGCAUACAGCACAUGGCAGUCCCCAGGAGUCCACAGAAAGGUAGCUCACCGUCCUACACACGAACGGCAUCCUGUUUCAGUGAACCCUACCACCCCAGCAGUCCUCGUCUGGCCUCCUCUCACAGCAUGGGCUCCACCAGUGGGCUUGCUCAAGGGCACAGUGGCAGGGGGGAAGUCCAGCUGUCUGAAGAUGACCUUGCUAACCGUUGGAGACAGCUAAGCAUAGAAGACAUCAACACCUUGUCCUCAUCUUCCUACCGUGACCUGAGCGGAAGGGUUUCUCCAUACAGCUUCUCAGAACGACACUUCGCCAUGGGCCCCUCCAAGUCCAAAAACAUCUAUAGUAGCUUCCAGGAAGGAGAUGACGUCUUCCACAGCCAGGUUCUUGACCAGUGCUUUGGAAUAAGACCACCUUCUCCGAGUCACAGCCCCAAACCAAUGGAACAUCGUAAGAAGGAGAAGGGAUCGGCCAUGUACAGCCCGGAUUCUGAUUGUGGUCUUUUCCUCUCAGGGAGCUCCAAAGACAAAGAUGGAAGCAGGGUAACAUCAGGAGGAGGUAGUUCCAAGAAGGACUAUGUCAAUCUCAGUGGGGACAGCUCCGGCGAGUCCUUACACCAAAGCUCUCUUGAGGCUUCCAGUCUGCAGCACUACCCCAGCCCAAGGCCAGUGGUCCGGCCACGUCCAAGCUCUAGUUCUGCCCUCACCGCCGGCCCAGCGCUCCCCAAGAAGACCUCCCCCAGGUACCAAAAGUUCGGAAGCACAGGACUGACGCGGAAAGACAGUCUGACCAAGGCACAACUGUAUGGAACUCUGCUGAACUGA